AUGGCCAAGGUCGACACACACUUAAGGAAAGCGAUACCGCUUAGAAAGAGAGUAGCCGUUGCUCUGUAUAGGCUGUCGUCAUCUGCGGAGGACAGGACUGUCGCGAACUUGUUCGGGGUGAGCAGGUCUUUCGUCAACAUUGUCUACAGGGAGUUCUGCGCACAAAUUGUCAGUAAACUGGAAGCGCAGUUUGUCAAGCUUCCAGCAGACGCUGAGUUGCCAGAGCACCUGCGUCGGUUCGAAGCCGUAACAGGUUUUCCGCAAGGCUUUGCAGCUCUAGAUGGCUGUCAUAUUGAGGUGUGCCCGCCGAAGGACCAGGGCUCAGACUACUACAAUUAUAAGGGAUGGUACAGUGUGAUUUUGCUUGCCAUUGCUGACCAUACCUACAAGUUCUCAUAUGUGAAUGUGGGGUCCCUUGGAAGGAACCACGAUUCAGCAGUACUUCAGAGGUCCAGGCUGCCUGCUGUAAUCAACGGUACCCUCUUCAACACAUUCACAGUGAGCUUGCAAGGUGUGGAUAUAGGCCCUGUCAUAUUGUGUGACCAGGCUUUUCCGCUGCAGCAACACCUAAUGAAGCCGUAUCCGGACAGGGCUACAAACACACCACAAAAGCAAGAGUUCAACGCCCGACUCUCUGGUGCAAGGCGAGUCGCGGAAAACGCAUUUGGAAGGCUGAAAGCGAGAUUCAGGAUUCUACACAAAGGACUUGAGUGUGAUAUUGACAACUGUACCACCAUCAUCAGAGCCUGCUGCAUCCUCCACAACAUCUGUGAGGACCUCAACGACGGAGUUGAGCAACACUGGAUUGAAGAGUACAGACAUCUCCCAAGGGAGAUGCCGCAAUAUCACACAUCUGCUGCUACGGAAAGACGGAAAGCGGAGCACGUGCUCGUGAUGUCCUUGCACAGCACCUCUACUGCAUGA